UUUAUAAACUCCCUUUCUCUUUGUCAGUCACGCUGUCCUCUUGGUCGCUCUCUCUCUCUCUCCUCUCUUCCACUCUCCCUCCUACUCCCCUUUCUCUUCCCUCCGGCCUUGCGUCUCUCCUCUCUUUACUGACACCUGUCGUGGACAAUCGAGCUCUCUUAUCGCUACUAGAUCUGAACCAACCGCCGAACUUAACCCCUGCUCCAGCAAUGUCAGGUGUUUCCAAUUGUUAUGUUUUCAAGAGUCGGUUGCAAGAAUAUGCCCAAAAAGUUGGGCUUCCUACACCUGUUUAUGAGACCGUGAAGGAAGGACCUUCCCAUCAGCCAUGCUUUAGGUCAACGGUAAUUGUGGACGACGUUAGAUAUGACUCUUUGCUUGGAUUUUUCAACCGUAAGGCUGCAGAACAGUCAGCUGCUGAGGUUGCUCUCAUGGAACUAGCCAACACCGGGAAGUUGACAGAAAGUGUUUCUCAGCCAGUGCAAGAAACGGGUUUGUGCAAGAAUUUACUUCAGGAAUAUGCACAGAAGAUGAAUUACGCAAUUCCAUUAUACGUGUGUCUGAAAGAUGAAUCACAAGGUAGAGACACCCUCUUUUCUUGCACAGUUGACAUAGGAGGGAUGAAGUACAUUGGAGCUGCAGCAAAAACGAAAAAAGAAGCAGAAAUCAAAGCUGCUAGAACUGCUCUAUUAGCCAUCCAAUCAAGCCCUUCUUGUUCUAAUGAGACACCCUUGGGAAAUUCUGUUUACACAGUUAUUCCAAGCAAAAAGAAUGGGACAGAUCCUGGAAUUAGCACCCAGGAAAGUCUCAAACCCAAGAAAAAAGGUCUGUUCAAAAAGAAACCACAAAGGAAGAGACGCAAUGGAGAAAAGGGCAACAAGGUCCAAUUGGAGUCUAUGGGUCGUUCGGGUUCGGGGGUUGAUAUUGGUGGGUAUGAAGGGCAGCAGUCAGAUCAAACAGUGAACUCUGGACUUCCAGGUAUGGAAGCAACAAUGAACCCAGGAGGUGGACCAAUUUUCAAUGGAAAUAAUGGAGAAAAAUCUGCUACCCAAGAAAGUGAUGCGGUUCCAUGUAUUUAUGUUGAUUCUAAGGAUGGGAUAUCACAGAGUCUGGGUUUUUGUCAAAGUGACUUGGAAAAUCCUAAUGGAGGUGAUUUGACUUCUGAAGUAAGUGAUGUGAACAGAAUUCCUGGAGUAGGGGGCUUCGACGGUAACAACUUUUCUUCCAUAUGUUAUGUGUCAGGGAGAGGAACCUAGGGUUGUGGAUGGCUUGAACCAGACGGCUUGUGGAGGCGGUGCGGAGUGAAAGCCCGAGUUGGGCCGUGGCUGUCUAGAUGGCAGUUAACUAAAAUAGAAUUGUUCUUUCUUUUUUCUUUUUGGUUUUGUUUCUCUCUUACUCCAUAUUACUAACAAUUGGGGAGUCAUGCAUGAGAGGAAUAGGGGCACAUGAUAACUUUAAGGAAGCCAGAAAGACAUAUAUAAGUAUAUAACUUUUGGCUUGGAUA